CUAUUGACCUAUCCAUAUUUCCUGUGCCGUUUUGCUAACAUACACUACGAGCUAUGGCGGACUUCUUGGGAUUACACGAGCAUGAUGAAGCCUAUGGAGGGAAAGAUUGGCUGUCUUGUUGUUUUCUUACUGGCCUUUUCGACGAUGCUGCCAAAUGGUGCGAGUGCACAGCGAUACACAUGCUGGGGAGGAUGCUACAACGAGUGCUUCUUGAGGAGCGCCGAGACAGGAUCCGGGAGAUUUGCCUGCUUUUACAGUUGUGUCGUCCCUUGUCUUCCUCGCACUGCCAUGGAUUAUCAGCAAUCUUGCGAGGCUGGAUGCUCGCUGGGGCUUUGUCUUCGAGACACAUACGAUGGCUCAAGAGUGGAGAGAUGCUUUGAGAAUUGCACCAACUUCUGCAAGAUUUAUAGAAUUAACUGAUGCUGCAACAUAUCACCGUUUUACAGCAGUGAUGAAUAAUGUGACACAGCUUAGAUAAUUCUUUAUGAUGUAAUAAGACAGCCCAGAGCUUCCUCUUUAUAUCAAAGUAUCGACAGACUAAAAGCAGAGUUUAUUCUUUACUUUUGCAGAACAAAAACCCUUUUUGUUGAUCUACCAAGGAAGAAUAAUGCAUUUGAAUCCCCAUCACUUAUUCAAU